UGUUAUUGCAGCGCUAACCUAGGUUAAAAUUAAUGUAGUGCUCGACUUUACCGCAUGUCCAAAGGUUUAUCGAAAUUUUAAAAGUUAUUCCCGAAACCCACGAAAGAGCAAGUGUUACGAUUUCUGAUAUCUUAAGAGCGCGCUGGUUAAAGUGAGAGAUAUUAGUAGUCAAGUGUGCUGCAAUUUGUCCCCGCCCCUCGUUGUCGUUUCCUUGCUCCUCCCCGAAUCUUGCCUGUUCGGCUUCCCGCUUCUGCGCAACUCAACCAGGCCUAAAUCACCCGCUUCUCCUCGCUUGUUUCCCUCAUUAACGCGGCCAGCAUGUCGGAGUACAGCACGGUGCCCCCACCUGGGGCUGGGGCGUCUUUGGGCGGACAGCCAUCCCUGGGAGCCGGCGGCGGAAUCAAGAAGGACGCGUUUGCUGACGCCGUGCAGCGGGCCCGUCAGAUCGCGGCCAAGAUCGGUGGCGAUGCUGGCGGCGCCCCCUUGAACAACAGCGGUGCCCCGGAGAGCUUCCCCUACACAGCACAGAAACGCCAGCUGGAGGAUGCAGAACAGCCAGAAAGCAAGAAAAUGGCUUCCCAGAGCGACCGUGAUUCUGCAACCUCUCUGUCAAUUGGAGCCCAGUUGGCAGCCUUAGCCCAACAGAGGUAAUGAUACUGCAAGGGAUGAGGGGGUUUUGGGAUGAAAGCACACAUCACAUAAUUCCUCUUUAAUUGUUUGCUAUAAUUUAGUUGUCAUGGCUUGUGGGGGCACGGGUCUUGGGAAGAAUGGAAGCACGUCAUGGAUGGAUUAAAUGGAGUCAGACACAUUUGACUCAGUCAGGAGCUUGAAGGAAUUUGGUGCUGGGCAGCUGACCUACAGGGGGCGCGGUGGCGCA